GCUAUGUCACGUGACGAUGUCAAAGACACCAUCGCCUUCGCCAGACAAUAUAAUCUGCGCUUGACUGUUCUGGGAACUGGACACGACUUCAAUGGUCGUUCUACGGGAAAUGGCACAUUACAGAUAAAUCUGAGUUUGAUGAGGAGCAGAAAAGUGGAUCUAGAUUCCUGGAGACAUGAAAACGGAACGAUAACCGUGGGACCUGGAAACCAGUGGAUUGAUGUCUACAGAGAAGUAGACAAGUACGGGAGGGUGAUUGUCGGUGGCAGUGCCCACACCGUUGGUAUGGGUGGAUACACCUUAGGAGGGGGACACAGUCCAAUCUGUCGAUUCUAUGGAAUGGCUAUUGAUAACUUACUGGAGGUCGAAAUGAUCAUGGCAGACAGUAGAAUCGUCACAGCGACAAAAGGCUACGUGCAUACCAUUUACAACAACGGAAGCACAUCUAACGUUAGUGACAGUGAAUUCUUCUGGGCCAUCGCCGGCGGAGGGGGUGGUACAUUUGGAGUGAGCACAAGAUUAUUAUUCAAACUCCAUAUGCCACCAGAGAAAGUCGUGAAACUAGUAAUAAUUUAUCCAAUGUAUACAGUAUUUGGUGAGGACGUAUUUGAACAGGUAACUGAUAAAAUCAAAGAGUUAUUUACUGAUGACUUACCAAAUGAAUGGGGCGGAUAUUUAAUCUUUGAUGGCAAUACCGAUGAGUACUCAUCCAAAGGACACGUGACCUUUGUUUUGAAUCAUUUGGGAUCAAAUACAACGGCAUCUUACAAAUACCUCGAAAGCCUCAUAGGAUUUCUACCAACCAGAGAGAUAUUUUAGUGUCACAGAGUACCAAACCUUUCUGGAAUAUGAAGAAACAAUAAAAGACCAGCUGUAUUAUUUUUCCUUCGUUUAUAACUCUCUGAUCCCUUCUUCUAAUUUGACAGGAAA